AUGGAUGAUACAUAUGGUGGUAUGUCGCUUUCAGGAGAUGAUGAUGAAACUGAUGAUAGCUAUGUUGGUCUUUCUGAUGGAGAGGAUACUGAUACGGAGGAUUUGACCGAGGAAGAUGAGAUUGAGGAAGAUGAGAUUGAGAAAGAUGGAACUGAGCAAGAUGGAACAGAUCAGGAUCAUGAGAUGGAUGGCAUGGUCACGCUUUACACAGGUGAACAACAUGAAGAGUUUGAGAUGCAUGAGGAUUUAGAGCAUGGGUAUGAAGGAACAGAAGUCGGAAUGGGAGUUGAAGCUGCAAGAGCGGGAGUUGAAGCUGCAAGAGAUGGAGUUGAAGCUGCAGGAGCGGGAGCUGAAACCACAAUAGUUGUAGAAGAAGAAUGGGAUGAUGGUCUCGAUUUGUUUAAGGGUCAAGAAUUCAGAACUAAGACAGACAUGCAAGUUCUAGUUCAGAGGGGUGCGCAUAAGAAUGGUUUUGAGUAUACAGCUAAGUCUGAUACUUGGAGAUUUAUUGCAAAAUGUCGUGGAGCCAAAGAAGGUUGCAAGUGGUAUUUGCGUGUAGCAAAGCUUAAGAAUUCAGAUCUUUGGACGGUUAGAACUUACGUCAAGUCUCAUACAUGUUCAGUGGUAACUACAAGUACCCUUAGAAAUGGAAGGAGAGGCACACAACAGGUUGUUGCAUCUGUUUUGGGUGAAGAAUAUCCCGGUAGAUAUGACACACCAAGACCAAGUGAUCUGAUCAGUAUGGUUACCCGCAAGGUUGGUGUUAAGGUAUCAUAUGCCACAGCAUGGAGAGGAAAAAGGCUGGCUGCUAAUGAAGUGCGAGGUACUCCGGAAGAGAGUUUUUCUAUGAUACACUCCUAUAUGCACAUGCUUAAGUUGAAGAAUCCUGACUCAGUAAGUUAUGUUGAAGUAGAUGCGGCAAAAAGAUUUAAGUAUCUAUUUUUCGCAUUUGGAGCUUCCAUAGAAGGGUUCGUAGCGAUGAGGAAAGUUAUCAUUGUGGAUGGAACACAUCUUAAGCAUGUUUAUGGUGGAGUUCUGCUUGUUGCGACGGCUCAAGAUCCUGAUCGCCACCAUUACCCUAUUGCAUUUGGUGUAGUGGAUGGUGAGAAAGAUGAAAGCUGGACGUGGUUUAUGAAUAAUUUGAGGUCAGUGAUAUCAGAUGUAGACGGAUUGGUGUUUCUUUCGGAUAGAAAUGCGAGCUUGAUCAAGUCAAUACGUGAGGUGUUCCCAACGGCCGCACAUGGGUAUUGUGUCUGGCAUUUGUCUCAAAAUGUGAAAGGACAUGUAUUCAACAACAGAGACGUUUGUGCAAUCAAGUUUAGAGAAUGCGCAUAUGCUUAUACAGUGGCUGAGUUCGAUGUUCUCUAUGAUGCUUUUUCCAGAAAGUAUCCUUCUGCUGCCGAGUAUCUGGAAAAGAGUGUUGAAGUGGGAAAAUGGGCAAGAUGUUACUUUGAAGGAGACAGAUACAAUGUUGACACAACCAAUGCAGCAGAAUCUAUCAAUGGUGUUCUUCGGGAAGCGAGGAAAUACUUCAUGCUACCGAUGAUUGAUGUUAUCAUUAAGAAAAUGGCUGAAUGGUUUAACAAACAUAGGAAGAAGGCAGCCCAAAUACCAGCCACGAAGAAGCUUGUGCCUACAGUAGAAACCCAGUUGUCAAAAAGAUCUUUGGAAGCGAGGUGUUUAGAUGUGGUUGAGAUAAACAGCUUUCACCUUGAGUACAAUGUCAAUGGUAGUGACGGAAAGGUUUAUACGGUUGAUUUGGCAAGAAAAAUGUGCAGCUGCAGGUGCUUUGAUAUAGACAAAAUCCCGUGUGUUCAUGCAUGUGCUGCUGCCAAGUUCUUGAGCGUUGGAACGGACCUCCAUCUACAAGACUUUUGUUCGGUAUACUAUACGGUGGAGCUUUGGGCGUUGGCAUAUUGUAGGACGAUUUAUCCUGUGCCACAUCAGUCUGAAUGGGUUAUACCAGAUGAAAUUCGAGCACUCAAAGUUCUUCCUCCAUUAUAUGUUAAAAAGAAAGGACCCACUCAGAAGCAAAGGUUUCCAUCAGCCGGAGAAUCUCGUGGACGUGGAAGAGGGCGAGGAAGGGGAAGGGGAAGAGGAAGGGGAAGGAGCAGAGGAGGGAGAGGCGGACGUUUGUAUGAGUAUUUUGAGUGUGGAAGUACUUCUGCAACCGCCGAGUAG